AAAAGAGAGAAUAAAGAAGCAGAGAGAAAGUGGGGGAAAGACGUGGGAGUGGUGGUGGUGGUGAGAAGUUUCUGGAAAAAAAAAAAAAAGAAUGAUGAGAACUAUUCUUCAAUCACAACUCCUUCCUCCUCCUCCUAUAAAACUCCGCCACUCAUCCCUUCUCUUCUCUCCAUCCCAGCAUUCUCGUCCCAACUUGAAAUUCACAUCUAAAUCUUCUCCUUCUCCUCCAACAAUCACCAUGGCCAGCAUCAAAGUCCACGGAGUCCCCAUGUCCACCGCCACCAUGCGCGUUCUCGCCGCUCUUUACGAGAAGGAACUCGAGUUCGAGUUGAUCCCCGUCGACAUGAGAGCCGGUGCUCACAAGCAGGAGCCUUUCCUUUCCCUCAACCCUUUCGGUCAAAUCCCUGCCCUCCAAGACGGUGACUUAACUCUAUUCGAGUCGAGAGCCAUCACAGAGUACAUAGGGGAUGAGUACAGCGAGAAAGGCGAGAAGCUUAUGUGCCCAGGCUGCAACAAAGUCAAGGCACUCACCAAGGUCUGGCUUAAUGUUGAAGGUCAACAGUUUGACCCUAUCGCCUCUAAGAUCGCAUUCGAGCGUAUCUUCAAAGGCAUGUUUGGCAUGACCACCGAUCCUGCCGCCGUCCAAGAGCUCGAAGGCAAGCUCGUCAGAGUCUUGGAUAUCUACGAGGCGAGGCUCUCCAAAUCCGAGUUCCUCGCUUGUGAUUGCUUCACUUUGGCUGAUCUCCACCACCUCCCUGUCAUCCACUACUUGAUGGGUACCGACUCCAAGGCCCUCUUUGAGUCUCGCCCUAAGGUUUGCGAGUGGGUCAAGAAGAUCACUGCCAGGCCUGCUUGGGCCAAGGUCGUUGACCUCCAGAAGCAGUAAUAAGGCUUUUGUUUCAUCUCUGAGCUUUCUCUAAUAAAAUGAUUGUACCCUCCUCUGUUUGUGUUUUGUGUUUAGUAUUGUAUCCUCACUCUUUCCAGUUUCUUAACUUGUAUCUGUUUGUUGGGUCUUUUAUGUUCAAUAAAAACAACAGACUUUAUGUAAAUGUGAAACAGCAUUCCCGUUAUAGUCAAAUCACGCGAGCUACUUAAAU